GUCACUCUUACGCAAUUUUGUCCCUUAACAAACCACCGAAACAAACAAUGAUGAUCAAUUCCAAUUUUCUUGUUUUGUUUGGGGGUGUUCGUUCGAUUGUGAUAAGAUCCAUCUAAUCUGAACCUUCUUGUGCCAUCAUCAUCAUCAUCGUCGACAUCCAGCUCUUUCAUCGACUUCGUGUGAUUACGCAUUGUAACUAAUGGAACUACAAGAUGCUCUGAAAGAUGAGAAUGAGAAACCCAUUGAGACCUCGGUUGCUUCUGAGAAGAAGAAUGGGGAAGCUGUGGGUGAAGAAGCUGAUGGAAAGGAUGAGAAUGAUGAGGUUGUUGGAACCUCUGCUGGAGAAAAAAGUAAGGCAUAUGAUGACUUUGUUGAAACUUUAGUGGAUUUGGUAGCUAUUAAAGUACCCGUAGAAGAAGAGAAUGUGAUUGUUGAAGAACCCUCUCUUCUUGAUGAUUCUGUUGAAGCAAGUUCUUCUGGAUUGAAUAAGCCACUUGGAUUACCAUUGAAAACUAAGACUAUCAAAAAAGUGAAGAAGCUUGUUAAAAAGAAAUUAAGAAAAGGCACUGCUGUUCAGGAAGAGAAUGUCGCUGUUGAACAAGGUAGAACCGUGGGAAACAGCAAAGAAGAUGACCAAAUUCCAGAAGAGCCUUCUCUUGGUGGAAGCGAAAAGGGUAUAAAGAAGGUUACUACAGAGUCUGUUGCAGAUUCUACUCAGUGUUCUUCUGGAAAAGACAAAGAUUUAGAAACCUCUGUUGGAGGAAAUGAUAUGGAGUUUCAGAAAGAUUUAGGAGAAUUAGCAGAAGCUUCUCAACCUGCAGAUGAUGGUGAAAAUGUUGUUGGAGGAGGAGAACCAUCUGGUAUGGAAACACUACAACAGGUAAAGGGAAAAUCUAGCAUUUUGAAGAGACAAAAGGGGAAAAAAGUCAAAGGGACUCUUGCUCAGGGACCUAAGGAAGGAUUCGAUCUAGAUUCAGUAGUCUCAGAUAAAAGAGACGCCGGAGCUUCUUCAGGGGGAAACGUGAUGGAAGCUAAGAAAGCUAUUGACGGUUCUGUAGACGCCAAAACUGGCUUGGCUGAAGAUACGAGACGCAAAAGGAAGAGACAGAGAAAACAGGUUUUAGGUUCAAACAAGAAACAUAGGAAUGAGGUAGUAGCUGCUGCUGCUGAUCCAACAGAACAUAGAACGGUAGAGAAGAAAAAGCAGCUUGUUGACGACCCUGAGAAAGGAGAAAUGGACAAGCAAGGAAAAGCAAAGAUUGGUGGUUUGAUCUUCAUGUGCAAUACAAAAACUAGACCUGAUUGUUUUCGGUUCAGUGUAAUGGGCGUACAAGAGAAAAGGAAGGAUUAUGUCAUGGGCAUUAAACCGGGGCUUAAGCUUUUUCUUUAUGACUAUGAUCUCAAACUCCUCUAUGGAAUUUUCCAAGCAUCCUCUGCCGGUGGGAUGAAACUUGAACGCAAUGCUUUUGGUGGAUCCUUUCCUGCUCAGGUGCGCUUUAAGAUCUUUAGUGAUUGCUUACCAUUGCCUGAGAGCCAAUUCAGAACAGCUAUCAAGGAGAAUUACAACAAUAAAAACAAGUUCAAAACAGAAUUGACUAAUAAGCAGGUAUUUAAGCUUAAGAAGCUUUUCCGACCAGUUACUAUCCCUGCACAACUUACCCACAAACAGCCAAUCCCUGUUCCUCGUGAUGCUGACAGGAAAAGAUCUGAUAGAGACCGUUACGCACCUAGUAGCAGUAGAGCCCACCCGACCCGUACACAUGAAAGAAGACGUGAUUCCCCUCCUCCACGCAGAGAAGAACAACUGCCGCGUGACUUAUAUCUCAGUGAAAGGGAGUAUCGAACAUACGGCUUGAGAAGAAGAGACACAACCCAGCAGUAUCCAAUCCCGCCUCCUGAUUCAUCUUACGAUAUUGUCAGCCGAGACCGUGUUCGUUUGGAUUCAUACCGUUCAUCUGUGGACCAUGAACGGCUUUUGAGACAAGCAGAGAUUGAGAGGCAUGACCGUAGUAGGGAAGUUCGUCUUGUUCACUUGCCUGAAAGAGACUACCACAUGUAUGAUCAUCAAAGUUCUAGACGGGAACUCCUGAGUCGAAACUCGCUUGACCCUCCAACUUCAGCGGUUGCUUUGGACUCCUACAGGAGAGACCCGUAUCACAGUUAUGAGUAUGAAAGGGCGCCAAGGACGUUCAUGGCUUCUCCGAGAAGAGAAGAUGAUGACUUGUAUUCCCGGUAUGUUACAGCGGAUUCAUUGGCUGAAUACUACCGAUCGUCAUCACAAAGAUACCCAAGCAUAACUGAAUCUGAGCUUCCACCUUCAUUAGUAUCAUCCCGGUAUGCUUAUUCAAGGUCUUUGCCUUACUCACACCGCUGAGUUCAGAUAAGUGUAAUUCCCCAUUCUCCACUAUCCCUUUGAAUUUAUCAACUGUUUAAUGCAUGUUGGAUAUGUAUCCUUAAUAGUUUCUACGACAGGGUUCGAUUUUAAUUCGGUUUAUUACUUCUUGCUCGUUGUACCCAAUUGGUUUCAGCAAAUAAUAUCUAUUUUCUCUAAUAUAUAGUGCUCUACUAAGGGAGUAGAAGUCAAAGAUUAUAUGAA